UCUGAUGAAUGACGUCAUGACGCUGCGACAGUUCCCCGUGUGAAGACGUUUGUCGGGGUUGCGGGAAUGUCCGGUAUACAAGUACCCAAUCUCGGGAGUCUGAUCGCCCCGGACUGGCUACAGUCACCCGAGGGUCGGGACUACGUCACCUACUGUAUCCUGCGGAAGAAGAAGAGGAGGACAUUCGGGCUGAUCGAGCGGCCGGUUCUCCCCCCACAGUUUCCCGCUGAUGUCGCCAGUUAUAAGAUUUUUGUUACUGGGAAAAGUGGAGUAGGGAAGACGUCCCUCAUCGCUAAACUGUGCGGCCUGGAGGUUCCCAUCGUGCAUCAUGAGACCACAGGGAUCCAGACGUCCAGUGUGUAUUGGCCCGUACGUCCCCGGGACAGUGAGCGUCCCAUCAUUUUCGCCUUCCACUUCUGGGAUUGCGGUGAGUCUGCGCUGAAGAAGUUUGAUCACAUUCUGCCUGCCUGUAAGGACAACGCUGACGCCGUCCUCUUCCUCUUCUCCUUCACUGAUCGCUCCUCCUUUGAGGAUGUUCCGGCGCUGAUCUCCCGGACUCUGAGCCAAGAAGAGAACGCGGCUCGUGUGGUGAUCGGCACCAAACUGGACCAGUUCAUGCACACAGACGUCACCGAGCAGGACAUCAGGGACUUCCAGCAGACGUGGCAGCUGCCCAUCAUGCGGGUCAGGAGCGUCAAUGGUCCCCGAACCGGCGAUGGGCGGAGUCUGGAUGGACGGGUAGAACUGGCAGACGCUGCUCCGGUGCUGAAUGGCUUGGCCGAAGUCCUUUGGCACAGAGACCAGAUCACUGCCGGACUGAUUGACAUUGGACAGAGUGGAUCCCAGGAAGAGAUCUGCGAGCAGCAGUCGUGAUCGCCGGUAUCAUGUGACUUUCCUAUGAUAUUGAUAUUUAAUGGGUUAAUUUAUUCCGGAUUUAUUAUUUGGGAGAAUUUUUUGCUUUUCAAUAAUUUAUAAAAUAUUCUACAG